UUUCAAUGUUUGGGCCUUCCCCGGAUUGGUGUGUAGGUGUUUCUUCAAUUAAUUUAUGUCUUUCCGAUUGUUCAUGGGUUGAUGAAAGAGCUUUUGAUUUGCGGCCAUUUGAUGCUGGGACAGAUAAUGGAUAUACUUAUAUGGUGAUUAGAAAAACUUUUGCCGAAAAAAAGAAAAUUUUUGUAUUAAAGUCACCCAACGAGCCAGCAGAACCUCGCAUUCCAGUUUUUCCAAUCACCACAAAAUCAGACCCUCGUUCACCUUUUUAUGACACCCAAAAUGAGGAAAUUGCUCCAUUGGCAAGAUUAGUACUUAAAAGAAAACGGAUAGUGCCAGGACAGUGCAGGCCUAUAGAAGAAUAUAGAAGGGAGGCACAAAAUAUAAGUAGCAGCACUUCUGAAGAUGCUGAAUAUAAAGAUAGAAGAGAAUGUGCUGUCAGUCAAUGGGGCUCGUGGUCUUUAUGUUCUGCUACCUGUGGAAAAGGCAUUCGAAUGCGUUCUAGAGUUUACACAUUCCCAGUAAAAGCACAAAUGUUCCAUUGUCACCGACAAACAACAGAAAGACAAUUUUGUAAUGCCAAACAAAGUGAAUGCGGAUCGGAUUCUGAUGCGUUUAAUUCUCGUUGUUUAGUAGGUGGUUGGACUGAUUGGACAGAAUGCACAGUCAAAUGUGGCCGUGGGACACGCAGCAGAGAACGCCAUUUAUUAAAUAAUUCAACCACAAUAAAAUGCAAUGUUGAAUUAAAUUCUGUAGAGGAAUGUAUUGGAGAGGAUGGAGAAGAUUGUUCAAUACAAGCAAAUCCUUUUUGUAAAACAACAAGUUGGAGUGAUUGGAGUCCUUGUAGUACAAGUUGUGAUGAAGGUGUGCGUGUUAGGACUAGAUUAUUUUAUUAUGCUGAACAUGAACAAGAAUGUUCAAAAUCCAAAAGUUUAAUGGAAAAAGACCGUUGCCGUGUGGCCGACUGUCGCCGUCUACAUAGUGCACAUUCUGACGAAAUUUGUGCCGAAGAGAAAGAAACGGGUCAAUGUUUGGGACAAUUUCCUCGUUACUGGUUUAAUAUAAAUUCUUCACAAUGUGAACGAUUUGUAUAUAGUGGAUGUAAAGGAAAUCGAAAUCAAUUUGAAUCUGAGGAGGAAUGUAAACAAUUUUGUAUUCCAAAUUAUCGGCCAAUUAUUGCUUCUGGUGCCGAUUUGCUUAGUCCUUUUGGAGAAAAUAAUGAAGAAGAACAAGAACAACAAAAUGAUGGAGGCCCCUCAUUGGAUUGUGAAUUGAGUGAAUGGAGUCCGUGGACUGAAUGUUCUUCAACUUGUGGGAGAGGAAAACGGAAUCGACAUAGAAAUGUUAAGACAUUUCCCCGGAAUGGCGGAAAUCGAUGCCCACCGAGAGAGCACCGUAUUCAGGAAAGGCAUUGUGAAAACAGGCCUUGCGCUCCAAACUCGUGUAGAAUAGGCCGUUGGUCUGUUUGGUCGCCCUGUUCAGUCAAUUGUGGCGAAGGUUACCAAACAAGGAGAAGACGGGUUUAUCGAUAUGGAAUGAUAGACCCGGAUGACAGAAAUUGUCAGGCGGCAGAAUUAGAACAACGCCAAUGUGUUAUUCCCUGUCACCAAAAGAAGCUGGAUGAAUGA